AUGUCUUUCUCUUUUGAUUCUGUGUGUAAUCGACAAGUGCUACGACUAAUCCUCACAGCACUUAUUAUUAAAACUAUUAUUAAUUUCAACUUCUUUCAUAAAGAAAUGCCUGCUGUUAACGCUCAAGAAAAGGAGAUCUUAAAGAUUUCUGUGCUAGGAGCAGCUGGUGGUAUUGGACAAUCUUUGUCGCUAUUGUUAAAAUCGAACGCAGGGUUUUUGUUACCACAUGAAACGUCAACUCAUAUUCGUUUGUCGUUAUACGAUGUCAACAAGGACGCCAUCGUAGGUACAGCAGCAGAUUUAUCCCACAUAGAUACUCCAAUCACAACAACAGCACACUACCCGGAUGACAGCAAUGGUGGUAUUGGCCAAUGCUUGAGUAAUGCUAGUGUGGUUAUCAUUCCAGCUGGUGUUCCAAGAAAACCGGGUAUGUCACGUGACGAUUUGAUUGGUGUCAAUGCAAAGAUCAUCAAAUCGCUAGGUGAAGAUAUCGCCAAGUACUGUGACUUAAACAAAGUUCAUGUUUUGGUUAUAUCUAAUCCUAUCAACUCUUUGGUCCCGCUAUUGACUAAUACUUUGAUUAGAAGCGAUGCAAAUGGCAACUCAAACAUCGAAUCAAGAGUGUACGGUAUCACCCAAUUGGAUUUGGUCAGGUCUUCCACUUUUGUCCAACAACUGAACGGUUUUAAAUCAAACACAUCCCCUGUGAUUCCAGUCAUCGGUGGUCACUCUGGGGAUACCAUUAUUCCUGUUUUCUCUACGUUGGAGAGGGAUCCGGAAUAUGCUAAUUUGUUGGAUAAUGGCAUGAGACUGAAAAUGGUUCACAGAGUUCAGUACGGUGGUGAUGAAAUCGUCAAGGCUAAGAACGGUAAUGGUAGCGCAACACUGUCUAUGGCAUAUGCUGGAUUCAAAAUCGCAGCUAAAUUCAUUGACUUAUUAGUUGGUAACACAGAUACCAUCGACGACAUUGUCAUGUACGUUCCACUCACAAACAGAAAUCAUCAAGAAAUUGCACCUGGAUCCAAUGAAUUGAGAUCUAGAUACAUCAACGAUUUACUAUACUUUUCUAUCCCAUUAUCCAUUAAUCGAAACGGUAUCAAGAAGAUUCACUAUGAAAUUUUGGAAAAUCUUGAUUCUUACGAACGUGACACUUUGUUGCCAAUUUGCUUGAAAACACUAGAGGGGAACAUCGAAACUGGUCUAAAAUUGGUAUAA